CGAAUUGAACGCAUAGGCAAAGGUGAGCGUAUUGGGACCGCCAUGAUCCAAGCUGAAGAGCUACCAGUCGACCAGAUCCUGAACAGGGCUCUGAACGAGAUCUCCAGCGCCUUACUUUCUGCCAUUACUGCUCGUACCCGAGCCCAGGCCUAUUAUGAGCAGAUUGAGGCUAAAGUUCUUGAGAAACAUCAGGUGAAGGCGGCCGAGGAACUUUCGGCUGCUGAGGCCAAACAUGCUAAGGAGUUGGAGACGGUGGUCCGAGAGAGGGAUGCAGCGGUAACCAAACUGUCCGCGGUUGAAGCUGUAAAAGACGCAGCGGUUAAGCUGAGGGAAGAGUACCGGUCGUACAACAAAACUCAUCUUCGCGAAAUCAAGCAUCUGGAGGGGGUAGUUAAGUCUAAGGACGAGACUAUCGCCACUCUUGAGGGGAAGGUGCAGCGGCUGGAGCUUGACAACUCCAAGAAUCUGGAAAAGUACAAAAGGACGACACUCCGAUGUUUCUAUAACUUCUGGAAACACAAUCAGGGUGCUGACUUUAGUUACCUUUCGGAGGAAGUCAGAGCUGCGGAGUUGGCCCGGUGCGCUGCUCAACUGGCUGAUGAGGAGGCAAGAGCUGCGACUCCUGCAACCCCAAGCGUCGUUGGUUUGGAAGAAGAAGCCAUCGAGGAAGUGACUGAUCAGGUUGUUGCCCAGGACCCUCCUGCCCCCCAUGCUUCUUAAUUUAUUUAACUAUCUUUCUUUUUUGAACAUGCGACCCACGGGUCGUGAUGUAAAGACAAUAGUUUUUUUUUUUUUUUUUUUUAAACUUUGCUACACGGGCAGUAAAUCUUUUUGUUCGAACAGUUACAUCCAAGCAGCAAUGCUUGCGGUGUAAAAGCUUAACUUUUAGUGCUAUAAUAUUUUUACUUAUUAUAACGUUUGUCCGUAUGACCGAACUUAGCAUAGUACUUGGACAUGAUUUAACAAAACAUAUAUUUUGAAAAAAUACUCUAAGUACUUGAAGCAUGCUUUCACUCAUUUUGUUCAUGUGUUUACAUACCUUGAGAGUAUGCUUUGCUAUCGAUGUGCCUUAUAUGCCCCCCAAGUGAUCGAGGAGCUUUAGGUCCUUGGUCACUUGC